GACGAAUGUCAUGCAGUACUAACAGCCAAGACCAUGAAGUUCAUGUAAGUGGCAGAAACUGUGCAUACGAAUGUCAGCACUUGGUGUCAUAGAACACAAUGUCAGCAGUGCACUACAUGUGCAACAUCCUCACUACUGUAUGCUCACCCCAAGCAGCAGCUUGUGGAUGCUAGUUCACUCCACUCGUUCAAAUAAUGUCAAGUACUGUACAUCAUUCAUCUGAAUUAUUCAACUAACAUCAAAUGAACUGAAGUUGGCAAAAAAAAAUUUGAUCAAGCAUUACACAAUGGCAACCAGCACAGAAAAGAAACCACAUCAUCAUGCAUCGAGUUUACAAGACAGUGUUGAUAAGUCGGAUUUAGUAAAGCACACAGAUACUUGCACUCGAGAGAAGCCAUAUCAGUGUUCAAAAUGCUUAGAAGACUUCUCUGAUGAAUCUGAUCUAGUAUCACACAUGAUAACGCACACAGAAGAUAAAACAGACCAAUGUUUGAAAUGUAUAAGGGGCUUUGCACAGAAAUCUGAUUUUAUAAGCCAAAUGUGUACUCACACUCGAGAUAAACCAUAUUGGUGUUCAGUUUGUUUAGAAGAUUUUACAGAUAAAUCUAAUCUAGUAUCACACAUGAGAACCCAUAAAGAAAAGAAACCAUUUCAAUGUUCAAAGUGCUUAGUAGAAUUUUCAAAUAAAUCUCAUCUAAUAUCACAUAUGAUAACACAUACUGGAAAGAAACCACAUCAGUGUUCAGAGUGUUUUAAAGACUUCUCACGAAAAUAUGAUUUAUUAUCACACAUGAGAACUCACACAGGAGAGAAACCCCAUCAAUGUCCAAUAUGUUUAAAAUUCUUUUCUCACAAAUCUGCUGUAAUAACACACAUAAGAACUCACACAGGUCAGAAACCAUAUAAGUGUUCAGAGUGUUCAAAAGGCUUUACGCGAAAAUAUGAUUUAGUAAGGCAUAUGAGAAUUCACACUGGGGAGAAACCGUAUCAAUGUGCAGUGUGUUUGAAAAACUUUAUACAAAAGUCAAGUCUAUUAUCACACAUGCGAACUCAUACAGGAGAGAAACCACAUCAGUGUUCAGUGUGUCUGAGAGAUUUCACAAUGAAAUGUGACUUAUUAAGGCACAUGAGAAUUCACACUGGUGAGAAGCCCUUUAAGUGUUCAGUGUGUCUUAAAGCUUUUAGACAACAUCCUGCUUUAGUAAACCACAGUAAAGUUCACACUGAAGAGAAACCAUCAGUGUUCAGAUCAUUUAAAAGAUUUUAAAAGUAUAAUCUUUUACCUUAAGAGAAUUCAAACAUGGGUUAAAUAAAUUUUUAUCUCCUUUAGAAGACCUCACAAAAAUCUGAUGAUAUUUAACAUACGAGACUCACUCCAAAGUGGUGCCACCAAAAAUGUAUAAUAUGUUAAAACAAAUUCUAUCUAGUAAAACAUGGAAACUCUCACUGGACAGCAACCAUAUCAUUAUUCAUAAUGGCUAGCAUCCAUUCUCACCAGUGUGAAUAUGAUGGCUAGCAUCCAGAUGAACACCUCCAUUAAUAACAUCCAGUUCCCAGAAUAGCAGGAUUACAGAAAAGACACAUGACCAUAUUUCCAUGGAAGACAUUACCACGGGUACAUCGUCGGCCGGGAUUAAAGGUGACAUUGUCAGGCGGUCAAGAACAAUAAGAGGACUGGACCCAAGACAGCAGCCUCAUUAGACGUUGAGAUGCAAGUCUUGUCUUAAUCACACACUCAGACCUUGAUAAAGCACUCAGAGUGCAAAAGACUUGGUGUAAAUUCCUUACAUAAAUUUCACAAAUACA